CUGGUGCCCCUUUAUUCGUUGGGCGUGCUGAUUUUCCUGAAGAUGUUGGUCCCGAACCCUCACUUUCCCGAAGUGCGAACCGAGGGCCGGCUCAUGCCCAUCCAUCACGACGCCUUCCCCGAGAACCACUCUAUCGCAGUUGUAGCUGACUGGCUUAACGCUAAUGGAACUAACAGUUUUCUGGAGGAUAUCAACGGGUUGCUCAUAGAGUCUGGUCACCACGCCAUUAAUUGGAUCCGCUACAAUAACACAACCGAUCUGAACGACGCGUACCACCGCCAACCUCGCAAUUUCCCCAUCGCCGUCAUCUUUCACUCAGAUCCUUCAACUUUGGGGGAACCUCUCAGAUACACAAUUCGCACGAACCCCUCCCAUUUUGGUACUCCAUCCACGCGGGAGCGAAUGACAUCACCAACUAAAUGUCGUGAGCGCUCGGCUGUAAAGGACUGGUCUUCGGAUUGGUCCCGUGGAGGACAACUCAUCCCGCUGUCCGAAAUGAACAGAGAAGAUGCCUGCCCGGUUUUGCAAUAUUACUAUUCUGGCUUCUUAGCUCUACAGACUUUAAUUGACUACACCAAAAUCAAGCUGGAAACCGGUCAAUCUUUCCCUCCGCCGGGAAUUGUCCUUCGUCAGUUUCCCAAGCGUCAACACACGGGUGAUUGGUUGGUGAUCUUUCGUGUUAUUAUGCCCAUGUACAUGGUCAUGACGUUGUCUCAGUUCAUCACCUACCUUCUUAUGUUCGUGGUUGGGGAAAAGGAGAAAAAGAUUAGAGAAGGCAUGAGGAUUAUGGGCUUGAAGGAUUCAGUUUAUUGGGGUUCAUGGUUCCUAAUUUACGCAGUGUUUGUAACGAUACUAUCAAUCGUUAGUACUGUAUUACUAUUCACUUUAAAAGUGUUCCAACAUUCGUCCUAUAUUUUAAUAUUUCUCCUUAUGCUUUUGUUUGGUUUCACGAUAAUAACUUUCGCCUUUAUGCUGACACCCUUUUUCGAUAAAGCCAGGACCGCCGGUAUUCUUGGCAGCUUUGCAGUGAAUCUAAUGAGCGGUCUCUAUUUCAUCCAAGUUUUCGUUUCUAACGCCGACUCUCUUGCAUUCUGGUUCGUGUCUCUUAUCAGUUCUAGCUGCUAUGCUCUCGCUAUGGAUAAGGCGUUAGUUCUGGACAUGGCUGGAGUAGGUGUUACGUGGGAUAAUCUGUGGAGUGGUCCUGGAGUUCCGUUCGGCGGCAGUCUCAUCAUGAUGGCAAUCGACACAGUCCUUUACGGCUUGUUCGCUUAUUGGUUGGAUGCUGUUAUACCCAGUGAAUAUGGAAUUAAACAAAAGCCCUGGUUCUGCAUGUUGCCAUCAUUUUGGCUUGGUAGCAGGAGAGGAAGAGUUUCGGCAGUCCACUUUCAUUCAAAUGGGGAAGCAGCACAUAAUAAAGAUAUUGAACCGGUGCCAAGAGAACUUCAAGACAAAGAAGCAAUCAGAAUCGUAGGACUCCAGAAAAGCUUCAGGCACUGUCGGAGACCCGAAACCAAGGCCAUUGACGGUAUAGACCUGAGCAUCUACGAGGGACAGAUCACUGCUGUGCUAGGACAUAACGGUGCUGGGAAAUCUACUCUGUUCAAUAUUCUGACAGGAUUAACAGCGCCUACUGCUGGAACGGCUUAUGUUUAUGGAUUGGAUGUUAGGGAUCCCAAUGAUAUGCAUGAAAUUCGACAAAUGAUCGGAGUAUGCCCUCAACAAGAUGUUCUCUUCGAUUUGCUGACCGUCAAGGAACAUCUACAAUUUUUUGCUUCAAUAAAGGGAAUACCGAGGAAAAGGAUUUCAGACGAAAUAAACAAAGCGUUAUCGGAUGUGGGAUUGCUUGAGCAGGCUGGAGUUUUCUCAAAACAUCUUUCCGGAGGACAAAAAAGGAAGCUGAGUAUAGCUAUUGCGUGUAUCGGAGACCCAAAGAUAAUUAUCCUAGACGAACCGACGGCAGGUGUAGACCCAGUAUCGAGAAGGCAAACUUGGAGAAUCUUACAGAGAGCACGACGAGGAAAGGUUUUGUUACUAACAACCCACUUUAUGGAUGAAGCUGAUAUUUUGGGGGAUCGAAAAGCUGUCAUUAGUAAAGGCAGAGUUCGCUGUGCUGGUACAUCAUUGUUUCUUAAAAACAAGUUCGGUAUUGGAUAUCAUUUGACCUUGGUAUUAGAUGGUGUAUGCCGAGAACAUCAAAUCACAAGGCUUGUAAGAGGCCAUGUACCCAGGGCAGAAAAGGCUCGGCGACAUGGUAGAGAAUUAUCGUACAUUCUACCCCACUAUGCUGUACAUCUGUUUCCACCACUAUUCCAAGCUAUUGAACAAGAGAUCAAGGAGAAGACAAAUAGACUUGGUGUCACUAGUUAUGGAGUAUCAAUGACGACACUGGAAGAAGUUUUCCUGAGUUUGGAAGGUGAAAAUGAUGAGGAAACAGAAACAGUAGAAGGAGUGUCCUCGGUGAAACUAGUACGAGCUCGAGCACUGUCCAGGAGUUUAUCAUUACAGAGUAAAACAUUGAGUUAUCAGGAACUAAACGACAAGGAGCAGCAAAAGACAACAUCACUCCCAACUCCUCCUGCAUCUCACGCUCUACAUUCCACGAAUCAUGGAGUAGAACAUGUGAAAGUCACCCCAGAUGUAUCGAUAUCCGUGGACGCUUUGGGUGAUGUGGUGAAAACUAGCCCGUCUUGUUGGAGAACGUUUUGCGCUCUUGUGUAUAUCAGGACAGUCAGAAUGAUCCGGGAUCCGUACAAGCUUUAUGUGAUGAUCUUCAUGCCUAUCAUAUCCUGUGCGCUUGGACUCUACGUGAAAUCAAGACAAAUUGUAUUCUUUCGGAUGCAGCCAUUAAAAUUAGACCCCAAUUCUUAUUUUAACAAAACGCCUAUUGCUGUCUACAGCGAGCAGCACAACCCUAGAGAAUUAUCAGAUUUGACGGAGUCUUUAGAAAAUUUUGGUGCCACUCCUAUAUUAGACUUUAAUGGAAGUUUCGCCAGCCUUUUGGAUAUGGAGAACUUUGGAGCAUUCACACUGCAAGAUAGCCUGAUUCCAUACGGAAAGAUAAUGGCCUAUUACAACAGUACUUACACUCACAGCCUGCCUGUGAUCAUUAAUUUGUUGGACAAUAGCGUUUUUAGGGUCCUAAUGUCAUCAUCAAAUAUGAUCGAAAACUUCAGACCAAUAGAAGUAUUUACCCACCCAUUUCAACAGACAGAACAACAAGAAGAAUUCAAUCUCGGGAACGUAGUCUGUGCUAUUUUUAUGGGCAUGAUUUUUGCUCUAGUACCCGUUACUUUGGCUGUGGAUAUCGUUUAUGAUCGAGAGAUAAAAGCCAAAAACCAAUUGCGCGUCAACGGUCUCUCAAUGAGCAUGUACUUCUUGACUUACUUCACAAUCCUAAUCUUCAUUAUGAUCCUCACCAGCGCAGGAGUUCUUGCACUGGUAAUGGUCAACGAUAUCCCAAGCUUAACCAACGGCUCAGCCAUUACAAUGCUCUCUGGCCUUCUCUUACUGUACAGUCCCUCUGCCAUAUUGUUCAAUACAUUACUCUCUUAUAUUUUCGACAAAAUGGAUUCUGCGCAAAGCAUCAUGCCUAAUAUUACCACUUGGGUUGGCGUUAUACCUUUCAUAUUGGUCGCUGUUUUGGAUACUUUCAAAUGGGGAAACGACGCCGCCUUUUAUCUUCACAUUGUUUUCAGUUUCUUAGAUGUCAUGUACAUUCCUUACGCCAUCAUCUUCUACGUUGACAGAGUUUACGUUACUUGCAACUUGCGCGGUCUAUGCACUACGCCAGCCUUAUCGAGCUACUUCACGUUUGAAGUGUGGGUGCUGAUUAUUUCCAUGCUGGUUCAUAUACCGAUAUGUGGUGCUGCCUUGUUGGCUGCUGAUCGAUUGAAGUCUGGUGGUAGGAUAUGUCCGCGCAAACGGACGUCAUCAGAAGAAAGCGCAAAUGCGGAGGCAGAAGUAGGUGGUGAGAUUGGUGAAGAUGAAGACGUGAGGAAAGAGAGGCGACGUGUAGGUACUAUACUCCAACAGCCGACCCAUAACGCACCUGUACUAGUUGUACAUAAUCUUCGCAAAGAGUACAAAGUUCGUGGCACCGGUACAGGCGGCUGCUGCGGCGAAGGUGACCCAGGUCGAAAAACUGGGCUGCAGAGGCUCAGCCUGGCCGUAGAGGGAGGCGAGGUGUUCGGCCUGCUCGGACACAAUGGCGCUGGGAAGACCACCACCAUGAAGAUCAUUACGGCGGAGGAGCGCCCUACUUGUGGCACAGUAAUGCUUGGCGGUCAGAACAUCGACGACUCGGUAACAUCAGCGUUCCAGAUGCUAGGUUACUGCCCACAGCACGAUGCACUCUGGAAGAACGUCACCAUCCGCGAGCACAUCGAGUGCUACGCCGCCAUCCGUGGCGUUAGCAAAAGUGAUACCCCUAGGAUAGUAGAAGCUUACCUGCACGGUCUGCAAAUAAUGGAGCAUGCAGGCAAGAACGCAGACGAGUGUUCGGGCGGGACCCGGCGCAAGCUGUCGUUCGCAUUGGCUAUGGUGGGCAGCCCGCGGGUCGUGCUGCUCGACGAACCCUCCACUGGCAUGGAUCCGCGCAGCAAGCGGUUCCUCUGGGACACCAUCCUGGCUAGUUUCCAGGGUAAAAAAGGUGCUAUUCUGACAACACAUUCCAUGGAAGAGGCUGAUGCUUUAUGUUCUAGAGUCGGAAUUAUGGUUAAAGGUGGUUUGAGAUGUAUCGGUUCAACGCAACAUUUGAAAAAUCUGUAUGGAGCCGGUUACACUUUAGAAAUGAAAAUUGGACAGAACAACCUACAAACUACGAUGGACUCAGAGUUAUCAAUGUCACCAUCACCUCUGCGGUCUACAGAAAAUUCUCCAUCGUUAGGCGAAGCAGAUGAAGGUAAUUCACGCGGGGGAUCAGUAUCGGCCGAGCCGGAAGCAGAACCCGAAGGUGAGGCUGUGGAUGUCAGCAUACAUACACCACUAGUCACGGGCACUCCGCCCCUACCAAGGCCACAGCAUCACAGAACUGAAUCAACAGGCGGCGGUCCUAGUACAGAAGCUGCAAUAGCUUUAGUUGGGCAACUGUUUCCUUCUGCAAUCCUAGAGGAGAACUUUGCAGACAGACUCGUGUUCUCCGUACCCCAGUCUUCUGUUUCAAGUCUCGCCCGGUGUUUCCAGCAAAUUGAAGAUG